UUUGUAAAUGUGAAUCGAUUACAAACGGGAGUCGAUAAUUUUGGCGGUGGCCGUUAUCCGUAUUAUAUUGAACCGGUUGUUAUUAUUAGCAUUACUGAUGGCAACUGUUUAACGUGUCCACAGUAUGGAACUGUUAAUGAAGUAGUUCUCGAACGUUGGCUGUCGUGCCGAGCUUCGGAGAUUCAAUUCCGUUGGCGAGGCAACCAUUUGCUUUACGAUUCGUUCAUUCGUUUCGAUGAUAAGCCGAUUGUAGCAAUCAAGAUGACCCCAGGAAGCCGAAGGGGACGCUCCUAUUGCAUCACUUCACAUAAAAUGUUGUCCAGUUGUAUAGAAUCAAUUAUCCAGAAGCUGCAGCAGCAGGGCAUUGUUUUGCAUUUCGAAAAAAUUGGACCCGAUCCUCCGCCAAUUCCUGAUCGAGCAAACGGUUUAGUGGAAAAUUGCAAAAAAAACGGUGAAUUGAAUGUGGAAAAAUUGUCCGGUGUUGAAAAUUGGCGUAGCAUUACAUGUAGUGUAUAUUCGCGUGCAUCACGAUCCUAUCCUGGCCAUUGGCCAAUCCCAGAAGCGUUCUGGCCUGAUCGAAACAUUAAUUCGUCAGAAUAG